AUGGAGGAAAUCCUCCGCUACUGCAACCCCACACUUCCCACACACAACUGGAGGGUGGUGAAGGUGGAGAAGACUGAGGGAUCCUAUCGGCAAGCGCUGAUUCUGCUGAAUGCAGAGUCCCUCAGUCCUCUCGCUGAAGCAAAAGGGGUCAUUAACUAUGGCUUCGAGAAGGUAGUCCUUAAGGUCUACCAAACCGAUGCCAGAGGAGAUGCCCCUGCACAUCCGGACGUGCUGGGAGACGUAAUGCCCACAGUGGAGGAAGCUCCUGUGGACAUGGAAGUGGAAUCCGUCAUGUCGGAGGGUGACAAUGCUGAUGACGUUCGCUCUUUACCGGGGAUGAAUAUUCUUCAGAUAAAUCUUCAACACUCUAAGGCGGCGUCCGCCAACCUACUAAUCCACCUUGAGCAAGGUGGAGCUGAUAUAGUCCUGAUCCAGGAACCGUGGCUGAGCAGCAACGGCAUUUCUGGGCUCAGGACGAAAAGCUACAAUCUGGUGGCGUAUAGCGGGACAGGUAAACCAAGAUCCUGUAUACUCAUCAGAAAGGAACUUAACGCAUUUAUUUUGCCUAAUUUCAGCAAUGAAGACAUUGUAACGGUGAGCCUGGAGGGCCCUUCUGGGAAACUAUGGCUGAUGUCAGUCUACAUGGCACAUGACGACGAGGUGGAACCACCUCCGGUGCUGCUAAGGAAAACCCUAGCCGAAGCAAAACGCAGGAAAAUCGGCGUUAUUAUAGGCACUGACGCGAACUCCCAUCACACCUGCUGGGGAAGUUCAGACAUCAAUGCAAGAGUUACAAAGGCUGUUGGCAAUGCAGAUGUACUAAAUUCUGCGCAAAGAAAUGACGAUGAGCAAGUGAUAAAGCGAAAAGUGUAA